AUGCCUCGAAGUAAGGAUAUGCAUAUGGACGAAGACGACGAUGACAAUGCAUUCACAGAUACCCGUAAAGUUACCCAAGAAAAGGAAGAUGUGGAUGCCAAAUUUCCCAACCGUCCAAGGAACGAGAAACCGAGUCCACCCUUCAGUGUUCUGUAUCGGGAAUUAUUCAACCCAUUGAUGCAGAACUUGAAGAAUCCGGCAAAGACUCGAGGCAAGCGUUCAACACAGAAAGCGCCCCAAGAGAAACGUCGAGAAAUCAUAACAAGAUUUAUUGCACGAUGGCGAAGAGAUGUUGGAAACGACAUUUGGCCCGCUUUCAGGCUUAUAAUGCCAGACAAGGAUAGAGAAAGAAGUGUUUAUGGGUUGAAAGAGAAAGCUCUGGGAACCGUCUUAAUUAAAGUUCUCAGGAUUUCGAGAGACUCUGAUGAUGCAUAUAACUUGCUGCAUUGGAAACAACCUCGUAUUGGUGGUGACUCGAAAGCUACCGGUGCGGGAGACUUCCCAUCUAGAUGCGAGACAGCCAUUUCAAAAAGAGCUUUGAGAACAGAUCCCGGUGAUCUCACGAUUGAUGAUGUCAACGAACUCCUCAACCGAUUGGCUGAGGACUCAAAAAAUCAUACGCCGGUCAUUCAAGAAUUCUAUAACCGAAUGAAUGCGGAAGAACUGACAUGGCUUAUCAAAAUUAUCCUGAAGCAAAUGAAAGUUGGUGCUACAGAAAAAACAUUCCUCGAUUGCUGGCACCAAGACGCAGAUGAGCUUUACAACGUCUCAUCUUCUUUGAAACUUGUCUGUUGGGAUUUAUGGGACCCGGAAUUCCGCCUCGAUAGCAGCGACAAAGGAGUUAAACUCGGGCAAACGUUCCAGCCCCAGUUGGCCCAAUUCCAACUUCGAUCUUUUGAAGAUGUCGUCAAAAAGAUGCAACCGACUGAAGACGACAAGGUGUUCUGGAUUGAAGAAAAAUUGGAUGGAGAGCGCAUGCAAUUACAUCUACAUGAUGAUGGGACAUUCAAGUUCUAUAGUAGAAAAGCAAAGGAGUACACGGAUCACUACGGUUCGUCAGUUGAUGAUGAGAAUGGGACCCUCACUCGAUACCUUAAGAAGGCCUUCAAGCCGGGUGUCCGGAACAUCAUUCUCGACGGCGAAAUGGUAACCUGGGAUCCUAUUGAAGACGCUAUGGUCGCUUUUGGCACCCUCAAAUCCGCUGUCAUUGCUCAGAGGACAGACGAUCCCUCCGCUCACCGUCCGUUUUUCCGAGUAUUCGACAUCUUAUAUCUGAAUGACACUUCUCUGAUCAAGUACACACUCAGAGAUAGACGAAAUGCCCUUAUCAGCGCUGUGGAACCGGUUCAUCGAAGGCUUGAGGUCCAUACAUACACCGAAGGCACGACAGUCGAGGAUAUUAAAGUAAAACUACGAGAAGUGGUUGCUGAGGCUUCUGAAGGCCUUGUUAUCAAGAACCCCCGAAGCAUGUAUUGCCUUGGUGAUAGAAACGAUGAUUGGCUGAAAGUAAAACCCGACUAUGUGAAAGACCUUGGCGAGAACUUCGAUCUUCUAGUAAUAGGUGGAUAUUAUGGCCAAGGCAGCCGUGGUGGAAGACUAUCUAGCUUCAUGUGCGGCUUGCGAGCUCCAAACGGCAAAUACUACUCAUUUACGAAAGUUGGUGGUGGAUUUUCGGCUCAGGAUUAUAAUUGGAUUAGACACCAAACUGAAGGCAAAUGGAAUACUUGGAAUACACGAAAACCACCCGCGGAAUACAUCGAACUAGCUGCUGGGCAAGCAGAACGUCCCGACGAAUGGAUCAAACCUGAGGAUUCGAUUGUCAUAUCAGUUAAGGGAGCCGCAGUUACGCCCAGUGAUCAAUUCAAGACGGGCCUAACGUUAAGAUUUCCUCGUUUCACAAAACUGAGGGAGGAUAGAUCAUGGAAUUCAGCGCUAUCGCUCAAUGAAUUUUUCCGCAGGAAGAGAGAAUUGGACGAACAACAGCAGAAAGAAAAUGAAAUGCACAUCGAGCAAAGGAGGGCUACGAAGAGAGUGCGAAAACAGUUCAAAAUCGCUGGUGCGGAUCAAAUUGUGGAGCCCGUAGCAGUUAGCAAUGAUCAUCUCUUCGAAGGAAUGAACUUCUGGAUUAUGACCGAAUCAUCAAAACCAAGGAAAAGUAAAGCUGAAAUUGAAGGCAUAGUCAAAGCCUGUGGGGGCAACAUAUUUCAGUCUGACGGCGGUGCACCAAAUGUAAAAUGCAUUGCCGACAAAUCCGUAGUAAAAGUUCUGACGCUAAAGAAGAAAAAUGUCGAGGUUAUUCGCCCACAAUGGGUAUUUGACUGUCAAGAGCUUGGGUGCAUUUUACCGCUCGAAGCGGAUAGACAUAUGCUUUUCAUCCCUCCCGAUUCGAAAGAUAAAUUCGAGGAGACAAUUGACCCAUAUGGUGAUAGUUACUACCGCGAUACCACUGCUGAGGACCUUAGUAAGUUACUCAGAGACUGUGUAAAGUUGGAAAAUGACGAAACCAUCACUGAAGAGGCCGUAUCUGAACUGAAAGACGAGCUCUCGCAAGUCGAUCCGCCAAUCGGCUGGAUGUUCCAGCACAUUGUGGCGUACCUUGACACUCCCCAGAAUGCCCAGAAGAAUCAUAUAUCCGCAACCGCAGAAGAUAUUUUGAAAGCAAAUGGCCAAUCUCGUUCGCAACUCGAUAAAAUCGGUUUAAAUUUGAUGAUGUGCCAGAAUUUGCUCGAGUUUGGCGAUGGGAAAAUCGUUGACGAUUUCGAAAACGAAGAUAUAACACAUAUCAUAGUCGAUUACCAGGAUCUCACGAGAGUUAGGGCGAUCCGAAGCCUCUUGAGUGCUAGAGAUACGAUCCCAAGAGUGACGCUAACUGAUUGGAUUGAAGAAAGUUGGCGGGAUGAGACUCUGCUGGGUGUAGAAAAUUUCCCAGUCGAAGUCUAA